AUGGCCACCGAACUCGACUUCUGCCGCCAUCUUCUCGACAAGUUCAACGACUUUUGGGAGAAGAGCAAGGCUCCGUACCUCGAGAUCUUCCUCCAACCCGUCGACGAAGUUGAAGACGAUACUCCUGGCUAUUACGCUCUUACUGAGAAUCCUAUGGAUCUCGCCACCAUGUCCAAUAAGCUCAACACCGGGCUUUACGCCGAUGCCCAAACUUUCAAGGCAGACUUCUACCAGAUGAUUAAGAACUGCCGCGACUAUAACAGCGACAACUCCGACUUCGUUAAGAAGUACGCAGAUCGCUUCGUUAAGGAUUUCGACUGGGAGUGGGCCGAGAUGCGCAAGUGGAUUACCACUGAGCGCCGUAAGUUAGCCAACUUGGCCAGACAGGCUGCUGCUGCUGCUACUGCUCCUGCUCCUACUCCUGCCCCUGCUGCUCCUAGCGCCAGUACAUCUGGCACCGAAAGUCCUUCCUCGUCGGGAGCAUCGGCCAGCAAUGCUGAGCCUGAGAGAUCUUCGGGACCCUCUCCCAGCCCCUCCCUCGGCGAGCCCCAGGGCAUGGCCACCCCUAGGCCCACUGUCUCUACCAUUGCUCCCCCUUGCCCCAUCGAGAACGCAGUUGGCACGGUCAUGGGUGCUCUGCACCUCAUCAUGGCCGAGCAGUUCAGGGUCGUUGUCGCCGAGAAGGAGGCCGAGAUGGCAGCCAGUACCCUGGCCUUCUGGGGUAAGAUCUGGGGACCUGAGCGCCACCAGACAUCCACGGAGAUGUGGAGACUCAAGUGUCGCUCCAAGAUCACUCCCGAAGGAUGGUCAGGCUCUGUGGCUGCCAUCAAGAACGAGGUUGUCCAGGCUUGGAAGGACACUAGCAUGGAGCGGAUGGCUCUUGUGGAGCAGGAGGAGGCUGCUGAGAAGGCCGCUGAGAAGGCCGCUGAGAAGGCCGAAUUCUUGAGACAGUUAGAGCAAUGA